AUGGGUCCACCCAAGAAGGACGUCAGUACUCAUAGUGGCGGAAACAUACAUGAAUCCGGUCUUUCUUUCUCUCUGGUUCCAAAUGAUCUGACAGAAGUAAACCGGGCAAACAAAAACAUACUGUCUCAACCCAUUAAAUGCCUUCAGAGUAAAGAAGAGGAAGCGCCAAGCGCCAAUAAAGUACAACCCACUCCAAGUCAGCCAAAGAAGAGGAAGCGCCGCAAUAAGCGCAAGCAAAAGAACCAAAAUCAAUUGGUUCAACAAUCGGUUGAUAGUAAACAAAAUGAGCAUAUAAGUGUUGAUGAGAAUGACCAGUUAUAUGUUAGUCAGCAUCUCGGUGAUGAAGCUGAUCAGGUAGCCAAAUCCCAAAAUAGUGAACUUAAGAUAUCGAUUGUUGAAGGUCUUCUUCCUGAAGACUCGCAAGUGCCUAGUUCAGACUUGGUAUCUCCUGCCACUCCAGAACAUGGAUUGAGCCCUAGAAGACAAUCAAUAAUGAGAUACAAGAAAAGCAGCGAUGGUUUACAGGUCGGUGAUAAUUAUAUCAUGGCAGCUCGCGAUAAUUUGAAAGGAAAAGGAAGUGUUAUGCAUACAUCAGAAAGGACCGAGGAACCCAAAGUCCCUAGUCAGAAAGACUUAAACAUGAAUUCAAGAGUUACUUUAUUUAAAUACAAAUCAUCCAAAAUUUUAGUGUAUGAUGAGCAGUUGAAUGACCCACCAAGUUCGUCUGGUCGCUUAUUGGGUCAUGGAGAAUUUGAAAUAUUUCAAUUGCAUAAUGGAGACGUAACUUAUCUUUCGUGUGGACCAUCAUUCAUUUAUCCAUUACUUCCUAAGAUAAAAAUUCUCAGGGUCAGUUUCAAUCAAUUGAUUCUUCCAUUAGUUAACCCUGAAAGAUAUUGGAAGAUCUUCAUUAAUUCAGAUGAGCCUAAUGUUAUCGAAGUCCUUGAAAGGACUCUUAUCGGAAUAGUACAUUACAGAAACUUGUAUUACGGCUCGUCCAAAGUGAAAGAAGACUCAAAAAAUGAUAAAAAUGUCAAUAGCACUUUACCCUUGAAUAGUUAUGGGGAUAAUCAACCACUAAAGGAAAAUGAAAGAAAAAUUGUAAGUAAUCAUUUAUUUUCUGAGAUUUCGAAUAAUAUCCCCGAUUCUCCUCCUUCAGCUCCGCUUUCUCCAAAUGCGAUACAAUACACUGAUACGAUAGCCGAAAGUCCUCUCAAAAGUCAAAAUGCCGUACAUCAUUGGCCGCUAACAAGAAAAGUUUCGAAUCAAUCUAUCAGCAGUGCCAUGGCAAGUUUUGAGCUUUCAAACGUCGCUUCAAACAGCUCUAGAAACCCUCAGUUAUCAACAAAUUUGCUUUUACAGCCUUUUCCACAACGUUCUCAUAACCAUCCUCGUUGUGAAUCAAAAUUAAUCAACCAGGAUCAGAAAUCCGAAUCUUCAAUGGAUUCGUUAUUGGAAGAAUAUGAAGAAAACGCUUCUGUUACAAAAUCGAUAACAUUUACAAGGUCCCGACCACCAUCUAGGACCAGAUCAAUUGCAACUUCGUUUCGUAAUCCUGGGAAUUAUGCCAGAGCACUAAAUUCUUCUACACUAGAUGAAAAAUUUUCGAAUGAUUCAGAGGAGUUUCCGAAGACUUCUUUAAGUGAGUAUAACAGAAUUCAUAAUCGUGGCAGACAAAAGUCUAUAACAUCUACAAGAAGUGGAUUACAUGUUUCAGAUGGACAUUGGGCUGAAAAGCGAUUGCCCAAGUCCCAAUCAAAUUACAGUCUUGCGAGUAGCUUAUAUCAAGGCACAGAUUUAAGCAAUACCUAUAAAAGCAUUUACAAGUCUAUAGCUCAAAGGAAUUCAGCGAGCGCCAUGGACGAUUCCAAAUCAGUCAAUUACCAACGCUUACCGACAAUUCAUUCAUCUACACGCAACUUGAAAGCAGCAUCUUUGUAUCUGUCUGACAAUCGAGAAAAUUAUAAAUCCAGUACAUCAAUGUAUAAUGGAAAAACAUCCCGCCUUCCCAACAAAGAUUCCAAGGGUUUAGACUCUUUGAAUUUAAAGAGCCUCGAUGUUUUCAAGCUUGUAACCUCACAUUCCCAUAAUAUUGACGAAGCUAAUGAUAUCAACCUGAACACGCCAAAAAAAAAUGGAAAUUCGAACUUUGCUUCCCGGCUCUUUGGUUGGUAA